GUGCGCCAGCGCGAGUCGGCCGGCCGGACGGACGGGCAUUCACGAGCCGCCCUCUCGGAGCCUUAGUGCGUCUGGUCGCGGGCGUUUAGCUGCUGUUAUGCCCGAAGUCGUCGCACGGAGGCGUCCCUAGAUGCUGCCAUUAUGUCCGGUGUAAGACAGGGAUUAUAUCGGCUUCGCGACGCUGCCGGAGCAAGUGCACCGAAAAUCGGUGAAGAGGGGCUUCGAGUUCACCCUGAUGGUGUUGGGUGAGACCGGCCUCGGCAAGUCGACGCUCAUAAACAGCCUCUUCCUCGGGGAUCUGUACAAAGACCGGCGAAUUCCGGAUGCGGCAGAACGCGUGGCUAAGACCACUUCUAUCGAGAAAAAGACAAUGGAUAUAGAGGAGCGAGGCGUUCGCCUUCGUUUGACGAUCGUCGACACGCCAGGAUUCGGCGAUGCGGUAAAUUGCGAGGACACGUGGAAAGCAUGCUCGGCUUACAUCGACGAGCAAUUUCGCCAGUACUUUACGGACGAAAGUGGAUUAAAUAGGAAAAAUAUUCAGGAUAACAGGGUGCACUGUUGUCUGUACUUUAUACCACCGUACGGCCACGGCCUCAGGCAAAUUGAUCUCGAGGUACUGAGGCGUUUACAUCGAAAGGUUAACGUUGUUCCCGUGAUAGCAAAAGCGGACACUUUGACCACGCACGAGGUGAAAAAGCUGAAAGAACGUAUCCUGGCAGAUAUCGAGGAACACGAGAUUCAGAUAUAUCAAUUUCCGGAUUGCGACAGCGACGAGGACGAAGAAUUCAAGCAACAGGAUAAAGAGCUAAAAGCCUGUAUACCAUUUGCGGUUGUCGGAAGUUCGACAGUCCUGGAAGUUGCCGGAAGAAAAGUACGCGGCCGACAAUAUCCGUGGGGCGUAGUGGAAGUCGAGAACCCGAAACACAGUGACUUCGUGAAACUAAGGACGAUGCUAAUAUCGACGCAUAUGCAGGAUCUAAAGGACGUCACGCAGGACGUUCACUACGAGAAUUUUCGGGCCCAAUGUAUUUCGCAAAUUUCGCAGCAAGCGAUCCGGGAACGGAGGUAUUUACGCAUUAAAUUGAAGAGAGAUUCCGGACCGCAUUUCGAGAACAGUAUAUCCGAUACCGACAGACUUCUUUUACAGAAGGACGAAGAGAUACGAAGGAUGCAAGACAUUCUGGCGCAGAUGCAAGAGAAGCUCAAAGCGACUGGUCAAGUCGGCGGUGGAGGAUUGAGAGGUCGAGUCGGCAGCCUCGGCAACGAUUUAGAUUCCGUGGACGUCGAGAAGAAGCGGAACAGUAUUAUAGACGUUUGAAGAGCGUAGACUAUUUAUCAUACCCUCGGGAUAUAUUUAGAAUAUAGUAUCCAAAGUUUAUAGCCCACCCGAGAGAUCUGUACAUAUUUCGUUCAAUUCCUGACAAGUUUUCCGAUAUAUAUGUUGCGCGAAACGUAAUAAAAAAAUACUAAAGAUUUUAUAAAGCUUUUCGAGAUUAUAUGUCAGUACGGAGACCCGGUAAAAAUUUUUUAUAUAUAAUUAUAUAUAA